GGGCUCAGAGGCUAAGCCGGGGCUAAUGCUAGCUGCCACCCCCACCCUGCGUGCGUGCCGCGCCGUCUGCUCUAGCACGCGCCGUGUCGCGAGAGCCACUGCUGCGCGCAUGGCCGGCCUCGCAGAACCGAGGCAGCAGCGCCUGCUCGGAUGGCCGGCGCCGCGGAUUCCGCUGUUGCUGCUGCUCACGGCUCUCGCGCUGGGCUCGCCCGCCGAGAGCCUGCCGCAGCAGGAAAGCAGCGAAGAGCAGCGCUCGGAUGAGUAUCGGGGCUUCCAGUUCAAGCACCACGAUAACGUCGAGCUGGCCGACGAGCUACGACGUGUCUCACGCGCCUGUCCGGACAUCACCAACCUCUACGAGCUGGGUCACCGCAGCGUGCUGGGACAGCCCCUGUGGGUGCUCGAGAUGACCGACAGGCCAGGUGUCCACGAACUUCUGGAGCCCGAGGCCAAGUAUGUGGCCAACAUGCACGGCAACGAGGUGCUGGGCCGCGAGCUGAUGCUGGCGCUGAGCUGGUACCUGUGUCAGCGCUACCGGGAGGGAGACCCCAACAUCACCACGCUACUCAACACAACACGCAUCCACAUCAUGCCCAGCAUGAACCCUGAUGGCUGGGACACGGCGGCCAAGUCUCCACGUGAAGACUGGGUGAGCGGUCGUACCAACGCGAUGGGUGUGGACCUCAACAGGGACUUUCCCGACUUGGAACGCAUCCUGCGAAACAGUAACGUCAGGAGGAUCAAGCCAGACCACCUCUUCAAUGGAGAACUUACCCACCCGGUGCAGCCAGAGACGAAAGCCGUCAUGGAGUGGAUAAUGUCGCUGCCGUUCGUGUUGUCAGCGAAUUUCCACGGUGGCGCCUUGGUUGCAAACUACCCCUUCGAUGAUACCCUUGACGGUUCGCAAAAGAAGUACACAUCAGCGCCUGAUGACGCCACAUUUAGGCAUCUGGCACAGAUGUACGCAUCCAGUCACCCACGCAUGAAGAAAGGCGAGACGUGCGGCGGAGACGCCUUUAGGGACACUGGUGGCAUCACCAACGGGGCUGCAUGGUAUGCCGUCGCUGGAGGCAUGCAAGACUUCAAUUACUUGGGCUCAAACGAUUUCGAGAUCACAGUAGAGCUCGGCUGCCGCAAGUUCCCGCCGGAAUCUGAGCUGCAGAAAGAGUGGGAGGACAACAAACAGGCGCUACUCAACUUUCUCUGGCAGGCACACAUUGGAAUCAAAGGCUUGGUCACCGACAGCAUUUCGGGCGAGCCUAUUGUCGAUGCGGAUGUGGAGGUGACCAACUUCACUGAUGGAGAACCGCUACUGAUUCGCCAUAAUGUUAUUACGAGCGAGAACGGCGAAUACUGGCGGCUGCUGAUUCCAGGCACAUACAUGGUCAGAGUUUUUAAGCAAGGCUACAUACCCGCCGAGAAAAAAGUGGUUGUCAAGCACCACCCACACACGGAGGCCCAGCGACAAGACUUCCAGCUGAAGCCAGUUGCUGCACGGGCCAUGGAAAUGCUACUGGAAUCUGAAGCUUACAUGGACGGAAGCCAAAAGCACAGGCUGCUCUCACUACCACACCCCCUGAAGCAGAUGCAGCCCAUGUGAUUGCCACAUCUCACCCAAAGCUUCAAUAUGCCGAUACUUUUAAGCUGAAGGUUUCAGGAAAAAAAUAUUUCACAGAAAAGGACAUCUAGCUGUUGAUAACAAUGAACAAAAGUAGCAGCAUUUGCUUAAAAGCUCUCAAACAUAUCCAAGCAACAAACACAAAGAAAUGAAAAGAACACUCAUGUGCAGGUUUGUACAUGUAUGAACAUGGUUUCAGAAGAAAGAUGGUAUACAGUAUAAUUGGCAAAAGCAUUUGAAAGAGACUAAAAAAUAGCGAAAAAUACUGCCACUUUAUGAGCUUUAACAUGCAGUGAAAGCAUGAAAAAAGUAUUCCAAAAGGGUAAUUGGCAUUAACAGUAAACAAAAUGCAACAAAGGCAUAAGGUUCGCAUAUGCUACUCUGUUUCAAGCUAUUGAUAGAAACUUCCCACUUUUAAAAGCGGCCACAGAAAUGCUUCAUGCAUUUCACUUAAGUUAUACAGAUACACAUAUCUAUAACGAUACAGUAAACCCCUAGUGCAAUGAAGCAUUCUUUGAGGCACUGUGUUGUCGUCGUUAUACGAUCAAAACAAUGCAGGUUUUAGAUCAAAUACCUUAAUGCCAUGAGACAACAUUAUGCAGACUGGCUUAGAGCAUAAAAAUGCGGGUCUAAAAGCACAAAAAUUGCUAUUUUUUGAAGCAUUGUUUCUUUCCUUGGCGUCAGUGUGACUAUACAAGCCACACACUGAAUACCUUAUAAUAAAGCAAGAAUACAUGACUACGAAGCAAAAUUGCCUUACUAAAAUAUUGUUCCUUCAAAUAACAACAGUGGAACCUUACAUUUGGAACAGCUAUUGUAAAGAGGCUGUUUAAUCAAAGUUGAACUUGAAGGCUUACAAUUUACAGAAAAAACUGUGUUGCUUAUGCUGCUUCCUUCUAGUUUUGUCAUGUCACAUCUUUCAAGUCUCACAGAUGGUUACAUUCAUAGCUUUUCGUCAGCAAUAGGAGUUUCAGUGACAAUUUGCCACAAACAAUCGUACACAUACUUCAUUGUUAGUGUAGCCAGCUCUAGCCACAUUACCACAAUGUGUUCAGGAGCAGCACUACAUUUUUAAAGAACAGAUCAAACAAAAACGUAUUUGCUGUAUUCAAGACUUCAUGAUAUUAGGGGUUUACUGUCGUUUUUGUUUAACAGGGGUAUGUAUAUAUUUAAAAUUUACCACCCCUAGGUGCAACAUGAAGGCUACUCACACUUUCAGUUGUAAAAAAGAAAUUUCCAGGUGUUUAUAUUCUCAUAUUUCUAAAAUGUGUGCCCUUGAGGCAUGAUUGAAAAUGUCAAUAAAUUAAAUAAAUUGCAGCACUUUAGAGUUUUUCUUCUUCGACACAUGGUGAACCGCCUACACAACUUUGCUAGACAUAAAGCUGGUGUUUUAAAGUGAGCUCAAGUACACUGGACAAAGCAUAGUAAGCAUGAAUAAAAGCAGCAUAAUUAACCUGAAACAUGUAAAAAGAGGAAGAGAGCACAGAUGUCAUUAAAAACAUAAAACUUUCAUAAAAAAAGACACAAUUUAUAAUUACAAACUAGUCAAGCAUGCAGCAAGGGCAUACAGUCACAUGAUGUGAACAACAAAAGGAGGCAUAAAAUAAAAUGGCUCUCCGUGAACCUUGACAAAUGCAACAUCUAAGAAUAAAGUUUUUGAAGAUU